CAUAAACCCCACCUCUGUUUAUCUUCUCAUUUUCACAUUUUAACAGGAAAAAGAAAAUUUCACUUUCACUUUCAAGUUCAGUUUAGUUUAGUUUAGUUUAGUUCUUUUGAGUGUUGCAAUUCUAUGGAUACUCAGAGAGGUCCUCUUUUAAGCUUGGCAUACUUCUGUCAAGGAAAGACAAUGGAAGAGUUAAGGCAGCAUCUUUUGUAUACUACUGUGGAGCUGGAGCAGACAAGAAUGGCAGUUGAGGAGGAGCUGAGAAGGAGAGAUGACCAAUUGAUUCAACUCAAAUCCUUGCUGAGCAAGGCAAUGAAGGAGAGGGAUGAAGCACUGGAGAAAUGCCAGAAGCUUUUCCUAGAGAAGCUUCUUCUUCACCAACAGCAACAGCAAGUUGCUGCUGCUGCUGCUCCCCUCUCCGGAGUUUCCAGCAUUGAAGAUGAACCAAGGAGAGGAAUCGAUUCCAACAAUGGCUUCUCAUCUUCUGAUUGUGAGGAAAGCAUCGUUUCAUCCCCUAUCCUUGACCCAAUGCCACCACCACCACCACCAGCAACCAUGGAGGGAGUGCCUGAAAAGCCAUUACCUGAGAAAGGGAAGCUUCUGCAAGCAGUAAUGAAAGCUGGUCCACUCUUGCAAACCCUUCUCUUAGCAGGACCGCUGCCUCAAUGGAGACACCCACCACCACCGUUGGAGUCAUUUGAGAUCCCACCUGUAACCAUCCCUUCAGCAGCACCACCACCACCGCAACUCCUCCACCAGGACUCCUUGAUCAACAUUAACACCUUAAACAACUGUGGGAAAGUUAACAGGAAAAGGGGUCUGAAUGAAUAUGAUGGCUGUGGUUCUCCUACAGAGACCAAGUACCAAAGAUUACUUCUCCCCUGACCGCUGCUACUGUAACAAAAGAAGCGUAGCCUAAAAACUAGUAUUGAUUUUUAUAAAACUUACCGGUUUUCAGUAUUAAACUUAUAGAGUAGUUUAGGGUGAAAAUUUAGGAUGGGAAUCAGCCUAUCAGGAUAUGGAGACUGAUCUAGCAUUAUUGUACAGGGGUUUGCUAGUGAAAGAAAGAGAGAGGUUUAAUUUUGUUGGCAUUUUGCCAAUGUUUUUCGGUGAAGAUUUUUUGUCCUUAUUUCACCCUUUUCUUUUUCCCGCUAUCUUUCUUUGCUCCAUGAUGUGAAAGGGGGGGUUUGAUUUCUACAAAAUUGUUGUGGCUGCCAUGCAAAAUUAGUAUCAUCACUUAGCUUUGUUUUUUUUGUAUCCAAGAGUGUUUGGAAAAUGAGAAAAUUACAUUUAAAAAAAAAAGAGUAGAAAAAGAAGGGUAGGAAAUUAGGAAUGGGGGAGGGGGGUUGUUGAAAGGGUCAAGGCCAACAACAACCAACAAGAUGGGUGUGUCGGAUUAAUGGAUCCCACAAAUCACAGCCAGGAUUUGUUACUGAGAGAGAGACUGUGAUGUAUGAUUAUAUUUUGGUUAAGGGAAUUGGAGGGAACUAUGAUAAUUAUUAUUAAUUUAUAUAUGUAAGUCGUUUUUGUGUUUCUGGAAAUCAAGCUUUUCCCUCUUCUCA